CGCGGGACUCUGUCCAGGCGGCCGCCCGCAAGCGCCGAGAAGCAUUCCGCGAAGCGAAGAAGGGACGGCGACUGAUAGAGCAGGCCAGGCGGUCGGUGCUGCGCGUGGUCUUAUCCAAGCACAUGGGCAAGCCGGUUCGGACAGCGCAGGUCGGCUCGCCGGAGCGGUGCAGCCGGAAGCUGCGACUGAAGGGAGGUCGCGAAAAGCCGCCGGUAUCGUCCGAAGCCGAGCCGGAGCAGACGCCGACGGAGUGGCCGUCGAAGUCGCGCCUCAAGUACAUGGUGAAGGGCAAGGCCAGUGGGGAGGGGGGUACCGAGGAGUGGUUGCGGCGGCUGCGGCCCUGGCGGCUGGCGCUGGUGGAGCCGGACGGCGGCCACGAGCUGCGCGACAGUCCGGCCCGCGAUCUCUGCCAGGCUUACCUGGCGCUGCUGGGCGCCAAGCCCGCCGCCUUCUGCCAGCUCAUGGUCGGCCAGGUGCAGCCGGAGGCGCCGUGCAGCCUGUUCUGCUUCCUGACGGCGGCCGGCGGUCGGGCCGUGCUGCCCACCACGCAUUGCCUGGCCUGCCGCUGCCUCUGGCACCCGGCCUGCGUCGGCCUGGAGGAGGCGACCGCCAAGCGGCGCGACUUCAUCUGCCUGGAGUGCCACCACUACCUGCGUCUGGUGUACGAGCGCACGCUGGUGGAGGGAGUCAAAAAGUCGAGGACCAUCGACUGGCCCGGCCCGGGCGCCGUGGAGAUGGAGGACGACUGGGGGCCUCCGCCGCUGCUGUGGGGGCCGAUGCCGGACCACCGCUAUCCGGAUGUCUCACCGGACGGCCAGCUGGAUGGGGCCGGCGCGCGCGCUAAAGGACCUCCGCCGCUGCGGCGAGCGCCGGCCAUGCCGAACGCCGAGCGGCCGAUACCUCCGCCUCUGCAGAGGGCGCCGCCGCCGCCGCCGCUGCUGCUGGGGUCUGAUGUCGAGUCGCCAGCCCCAGCGCGAGGCUGGUAA